GGCGCGGUGGGGCUGGGGCCGGCGGUGGCGCGACGCUAAGCGCAGCCCGACGCCGCCCGCGCAGCCAGCGGCGCGCGCCGCCGCCGACCAUGCGCGCAGUCAGCACGCGCCGCGCCGCCAAAACGCGCGCACCAUGCUCAACAUGAAACUGAAGGAGCGCCUCGCGCUCGCACUCAGCGCCUUCCUCGUACUCUUCACCUUGAUGCUCGUCGUCGAUCUUCAAAUGGACUAUGGCAUCUCUGGGCACAGGGUUCCUUUACAUGGCCGGGUGCACAUCGGGGACGAUACGGAUAAAGGAAAAUCGGCAUACAUCGAGUUUAGGAAAAGAUUUCUACAGAAAAGUAACGGCAGCAAUGGGUCCAAAGAGUAUGAGCAGUCGGCUCCCGGCGAGUUGAGUGGCACGGACACCGAUGCGCGAUCUCCUCUGCCCCCCAUCGAUCUUUAUCAUGAUCUACAGGAAGUGCUUAUGCAGCAAUCGAAAGGAAAACUGGAGCUCCACGCAGUCAUUGUACCACCGCAACGAGAUCUCAAUGUGUUGAGGCCUGAAAACCCAACCAUUGGCGAUAUGGAAGAUUUGGAACCGAGUGUGAACGCGUCAAACUUAGAGAAGUUUCAACUGAAAAUAGCUCAACACGAAUUAUAUGAAGAUGGGGAGCCUUUGGUGGAAGCGGUACUUCAGGACAUGGCCACUCUACCUAUUUUACACGCCGAGCAAAAGGAGGGUGGAACGCAGCUGAAACUUAUCAUUGACUAUCCUAAUGGCAUUCAAGCACUCUUUAAACCAAUGAGGUUUCCAAGAAAUGUACAAACACUACUAAAUCAUUUCUACUUUUCGGAUUAUGAACGACACAAUGCUGAGAUAGCCGCGUUCCAUUUAGACAAGAUACUGGGUUUCCGUCGCGCGAUGCCCGUCGUGGGCCGAGUGCUCAACAUGACAACGGAAAUCUACGACGUCACCGAAGGAGACAUCUUGAAGACUUUCUUCGUGUCGCCGGCAAACAAUUUCUGCUUCCAUGGCAAAUGCUCUUACUAUUGCGAUACUGGACAUGCGAUUUGUGGAAAUCCUGAUAUGCUUGAGGGGAGCUUUGCUGCGUUUCUACCUUCGCCUGAUUUGGCAGAACGAAAGGUGUGGCGGCAUCCAUGGAGAAGAUCUUACCAUAAACGACGAAAAGCGCAAUGGGAGUUGCAGUCUGAUUACUGCGAUACUGUCAGGACGACUGCACCGUACGAUUCGGGUAGGCGACUUCUAGACCUGAUGGAUAUGUCCAUCUUCGACUUCCUUACUGGUAACAUGGACCGUCAUCAUUACGAGACCUUCAAAAUGUUCGGCAACGAGUCGUUCACGCUCCAUCUGGACCAGGGUCGCGCGUUCGGUAAGGCGUAUCAUGACGAACUGAGUAUCUUAGCACCGCUGCUGCAGUGCUGCCUCGUUCGGCAUACUACGCUCGCUACCCUAAUCAAAUUUCAUGACGGGGAGCCUCUAUCAAAAGUUCUUCGAGAGGCAAUGAAAGCAGACCCGGUGUCACCUAUAUUAUGGGAACCUCACUUAGCUGCGCUGGACCGGCGAAUUGUGAUCAUUCUCGAUGCAAUACGCAAGUGCACCCAAAAAGCCAACCACCCUAUCGAAGUCAACGACAUCGUAUGACAACAUUGACCAUCUAACAAUAAUUGUGAUGUACUCUACACUAAGUGAUAUGAUGUGAUAUACCCGGGGUAUAAAGACAAAAGUAUAGGGGUGGUGCAAUUAGUGAAAAUGACUAGCUAGUCGAACUCUCUC